CUCCUUCGUCGCAAGUCCCGCACCGCAACAAUUGUGGACUGGGCACCGCAAAUGCGUCCUCUCCCGCAUUGCACUGCACCGUACAACCCAGGAACAGGCACUUCUACAGUACCUUCAAGUUAUAUUACAAGGGGGCCUUCUCUCAGCCGCUCCACCGACCCUCUCGACCUGAGUGUUGGAAGCUGCCGUCUCCCAUCCCUUCCUCUGACCACCCAAGCUGCCCCGAUAUAUCCCCAUACGCACGCAGCCUUGGCCGUCCCCCGACCCGACAGCAGCUAUCUCCAGCCGGCGCCCUUUGUCUGCCCAGAUACAUCUUCCUUUCACCACAUUCGGACCUUGUCUCGGGCGCAUCUGACGACCAGAGACUGACCUCACCUCUGAGAGACCACACCCACCAGGAUAAUAAGCCCCAAACAAUCGUCAAACAAUCGUCAAGAUGGCGGAUCUACAAGGUCGGAAGGUCUUCAAGGUCUUCAACCAGGACUUCAUCGUGGACGAGCGCUACACCGUCACCAAGGAGCUGGGCCAGGGCGCCUACGGUAUCGUGUGCGCCGCCGUCAACAACCAGAGCAACGAGGGUGUCGCCAUCAAGAAGGUCACCAAUGUCUUCAGCAAGAAGAUCCUGGCCAAGCGCGCCCUGCGUGAGAUCAAGCUCCUCCAACACUUCCGAGGCCAUCGCAAUAUCACCUGUCUGUAUGACAUGGAUAUUCCUCGACCAGACAACUUCAACGAGACUUAUCUGUACGAAGAGUUGAUGGAGUGUGACCUCGCUGCAAUCAUCCGUUCAGGCCAGCCCCUCACCGACGCUCACUUCCAGUCCUUCAUCUACCAGAUUCUAUGCGGCCUGAAAUAUAUUCACUCGGCAAACGUCCUUCACCGUGAUCUGAAGCCCGGAAACCUCUUGGUCAACGCUGACUGCGAGCUGAAGAUCUGCGACUUUGGGCUGGCGCGUGGUUUCUCAGUCGACCCCGAGGAGAACGCCGGCUACAUGACAGAAUACGUCGCUACGAGAUGGUACCGUGCCCCUGAGAUCAUGUUGAGCUUCCAGAGCUACACCAAAGCCAUUGAUGUCUGGUCCGUGGGCUGCAUCCUGGCCGAGCUUCUCGGCGGCCGACCAUUCUUCAAGGGCAGGGACUACGUCGACCAGCUCAACCAGAUCCUCCACAUCCUCGGGACGCCCAACGAGGAGACCCUGUCCCGCAUCGGCUCGCCCCGCGCUCAGGAGUAUGUCCGAAACUUGCCUUUCAUGCCCAAGAAGCCCUUCGCCUCGCUGUUCCCCAACGCCAACCCGGAUGCUCUCGACCUGCUGGACCGUAUGUUGGCUUUCGACCCGUCCUCGCGUAUCAGCGUCGAGCAGGCACUCGAGCACCCGUACCUGCAGAUCUGGCACGACGCUUCCGACGAGCCGGACUGCCCUACCACCUUCGACUUCGACUUCGAGGUGGUCGAGGACGUGGGCGAGAUGCGCAAGAUGAUCCUCGAGGAGGUCUACCGCUUCAGGCAGGUCGUUCGGACGGUCCCAGGUUCCGGCGCAGGCCAGCACGCCGGGCAGCAGGCCGGCGCGAGCCAGGUCCCGAUGCCGAGCGGCGGUGCCACGGGCCAGUGGAGGACGGAGGACCCGCGGCCCGAGGAGUACAUGGGACAGCACCCUGGCGGCCUCGAGGCUGACCUUGCGAUGGGUGCCGAUGGCAGGAGGUAGAGCCUCUGCUCUAUGGACUCGGAACAAGCCGACUUGUGGACCAGGUCAUGCCGGUACCUGUUGUUGUCGGACGGCGACGGAGGUGGUGAGGGUCCUGGCAGAAGAGAGCCCAGCGAUGAGAUGGACUGCGUGGUCGAGGACCUCAGCCCGGCGCAGCAGGAUGUGUACUGGCUGCGGGUGCAGAAGAGGCUGGAGACGGUCAGGCGGGUGCUUGAGAGUCAGGGUGGCGCCAGAUCGCCGGAUUCCGUUGUCUCUGUCUCAGGUACCAGGCGGGGAGGAGGCGACAGAUGCUUCCACGGGAAGUGCAAGGGGGAUAUAUAUAGAGUACGGUAGGGAGAGAGGGCCACAGUGGAUAGGUAGGUAUUGUGUGACCUGCCAAGUGAGCACGGCGAGCGCGGAGGCGGGCAGGUCGACGACGUCUCUCCAUAUCUCUCCUGGAUAACAAUUUUUCCCAUAGCAUAGUAUCAUCGGAACCAUCUUUUGAAUACG